CAGUGUGGCCUUGGCCAUGAAGCCGCAGCCGCCGGGCUAGGCCCCGGGCGGCUCUAGCCCAGGGCGGCCCGCGGAGGGCUGGGCCGGGCCCCGGCUCCGGGUACCCGGCCGGCAGGCGGCCGCUCACCAUGCCCGGCAAGCACCAGCACUUCCAGGAACCCGAGGUCGGCUGCUGCGGGAAAUACUUCCUGUUUGGCUUCAACAUUGUCUUCUGGGUGCUGGGAGCCCUGUUCCUGGCCAUCGGCCUCUGGGCCUGGGGUGAGAAGGGUGUUCUCUCCAACAUCUCGGCGCUGACGGAUCUGGGAGGCCUUGACCCCGUGUGGCUGUUCGUGGUGGUUGGAGGUGUCAUGUCGGUGCUGGGUUUUGCCGGCUGCAUCGGGGCGCUCCGGGAGAACACCUUCCUGCUCAAGUUUUUCUCAGUGUUCCUCGGCCUCAUCUUUUUCCUGGAGCUGGCUACGGGGAUCCUGGCCUUUGUCUUCAAGGACUGGAUACGAGACCAGCUCAACCUCUUCAUCAACAACAACGUCAAGGCCUAUCGGGACGACAUUGACCUCCAGAACCUCAUUGACUUUGCUCAGGAAUACUGGUCUUGCUGCGGAGCCCGAGGGCCCAAUGAUUGGAACCUCAAUAUCUAUUUCAACUGUACUGACUUGAACCCGAGCCGGGAGCGCUGCGGGGUGCCCUUCUCCUGCUGCGUCAGAGACCCUGCGGAAGAUGUUCUCAACACCCAGUGUGGCUACGAUGUCCGGCUCAAACUGGAGCUGGAGCAGCAGGGCUCCAUCCACACGAAAGGCUGCGUGGGGCAGUUUGAGAAGUGGCUGCAGGACAACCUGAUCGUGGUGGCCGGGGUCUUCGUGGGCAUCGCCCUCCUCCAGAUCUUUGGCAUCUGCCUGGCCCAGAACCUCGUGAGCGACAUCAAGGCAGUGAAGGCCAACUGGAUCAAACAUGAUGAUGGCUACAAACUACUCAAAUAAACAACCUUGACAACCUCCGGCUCACCCCCACCGUCUGGUUCUGUCGGCCAUGGGGCUCCCGGCCCAGACCCAGCCCGCCCUGUUUUUCAGCCUGGGUCGUAUAUACCUUGAAGCCAAACUUCAAAGCCUGGUUUAUUUCACAUAGAAGUUCAGAUCUUCAGCGGCAACCGCUCCUGGGGCGCACACGUUCAUUCUCCGGGGCCCCGCCUGCUCCAUUCUGCCCUGCAGAGCCUGUGGGCCGGGGUUGGCCUUCCCCACCUCUGUAGGGCUGCUCCCGGCCAACACCGGGGAGCUCUGUGACCAAGCCUGGAGGGAACC